UGAAGGCCACCUCCAGAAGCCAAAAUCCCGUACCAGGCUACUGCAAAGAUAUGAGUGGAACUGGAAAAGUACUCUUAAGCCUCUCCCUGGCUUCUCCUUCAACAACCCGCUUCUCUUUCUCUCUUCUUUCUUCAACCAAACGAUUUUCUCUUUAUAAGCCCCUUUUCCCCCUUCUACAAUCAUCAGCUAACAGGGUUUUUGUGGGGUUUAGACCCCUUUGCUCCGCCACCACCAUUACAGCGCCUAAAUCAGAAGAUUCUCUGCAACCCAUUAAGCAUUCGGUUCUGUUAGAAAGGUUAAGAGUCAGACACCUCAAAGAUUCUGCAAAACUAGCCAGCCCAGAAGUUCAAUCCAAGAAAUUAAAGGCAGAGUCUUUGGGGGCUAAAACUGGAAGUGGUGUAAAUGAAGGGAUAUCAAAGAGGAAUAAGAGGAAGAACGAGGCAUUGGCUUCUAAUUUUGAGGAGUUGGGAUUGAGUGAAGAGGUUAUGGGGGCCUUGGAAGAGUUGAGUAUUUCAGUUCCCACUGAGAUUCAGUGUAUUGGGAUACCUGCCGUUCUUGCAGGGAAAAGUGUGGUUUUGGGUUCUCAUACUGGCUCUGGGAAGACUCUUGCUUAUAUGUUGCCUCUUGUUCAGUUGUUGAGACGAGAUGAGGCAUUAAAUGGUAUUCUUAUGAGGCCCAGGCGUCCCCGUGCCGUGGUGCUUUGCCCCACUAGGGAGCUUUGCGAGCAGGUAUAUCGGGUUGCGAAGUCCAUUAGUCACCAUGCCAGGUUCAGGUCUACCAUGGUAAGUGGGGGUGGACGUUUAAGACCCCAAGAAGAUUCCUUGAACACCCCAAUGGACUUGGUAGUGGGAACCCCUGGCAGGGUUCUUCAGCAUAUUGAGGAGGGUAACAUGGUUUAUGGUGAUAUCAGAUACCUGGUGUUGGAUGAAGCAGAUACUAUGUUUGAUCGAGGCUUUGGUCCUGAUAUACGCAAGUUUCUUGGGCCACUUAAGAAUCGUGCAUCAAAACAUGAUGGUCUAGGAUUUCAAACUGUUUUGGUCUCUGCAACAAUGACAAAGGCAGUGCAAAAACUGGUUGAUGAGGAGUUUCAGGGGAUCGUACAUCUGCAUACUUCAACACUGCAUAAGAAGAUUGCUUCUGCUCGUCAUGAUUUCAUCAAACUCUCUGGUUCAGAAAAUAAGCUGGAGGCACUGCUACAGGUUCUUGAGCCAAGUUUAUCUAAGGGAAAUCGAGUGAUGGUAUUCUGCAAUACUUUGAACUCUAGCCGUGCUGUGGAUCACUUUCUGCAUGAAAAUGGAAUCUCUACUGUCAAUUACCAUGGAGAGGUGCCAGCAGAGGAAAGGGUUGAAAACCUGGAAAAGUUCAAGAGCGAAGAUGGUGAUUGCCCCACAUUGGUCUGCACUGACUUGGCUGCUAGGGGACUGGACUUGGAUGUUGAUCAUGUUAUCAUGUUUGAUUUUCCACUGACCUCUAUUGAUUACCUCCAUCGCACUGGAAGAACUGCUCGUAUGGGUGCAAAAGGGAAAGUAACAAGUUUGGUUGCAAAGAAAGACCAGAUUUUGGCCACUCGUAUUGAAGAGGCCAUAUUAAAAAAUGAGAGCUUGGAGUCUCUUUCUGUAGGUAGUGUUCAAAGAGACAUUGCCAGGGCACGCAUAAAUGAGCAGAAGGGAAAGAGUGUAAAGUUGUUAAAAGCUUCAAAACAUAAGAAGACUGCUACAGUUGCUUCAGCUAAAUCAUCCGGUGCUGAUAGCAAAGCAAAACCCAAAAAAGGGUUGUCCAAAAAUGGUGCUGGGGGCAAGGUAGAUCUUACAAAAAGGACAUCCAGAACAAGUCCUGGUAGCAAAUCUGUGACGGCAACUGCUAAAGUUUGUAAAAAUUUUUCUGGGGCAAACAGCUUAAAAGCCAAGGUUAGCCAUAAAGAAUUUCAGGGCCGCAAACCUGAUGUAUCAAGUUCUAGAUCAAAACUAAAUGUAGUGGGAUUCAGGGGCAGAAGUUCCUCUUCAAGUCAGCCUGAAGGUCCUUGUGUUUUUUGAAAGAUUGCGACAGAAGGCUUGAGAUGCGCGAGUGGAGAUUUCACUACCCACCAACAGCUAUUAGUUCUGUUGGGAUGACCAUUUGAUCUUAAUUGAGAUGAUAGAGGCCAUAUUUUCAGGACAGGGUCGAAAGCUAAUGCGCUAACAAAUUACUUGAAUUAGAGUAAAGCUUGCUAAACAGAUUUUUGCAGGCUGCCUGAUCUGUUUAGCUUAUGAAUGAUUAUGCAUUGGCUAGUGAUAUUUGAACGCGAUGUUGUUCCAUCGAGAAAAUUAAAUGACAUAUUAUUCAAUUCCAA